AUGAAAACAGCUCUUUCUAGUAUUUCCUCCAUCUCAAAUAAUUGCAGAGCAAUAUGUAAAUCUGAAUAAUCAAUUACUCCUCUUAGAGUACCCUAUAAGUAUAUAUCAUUUCUUAUUUUUAAGUGGUGGUUCUCAAUAAAAUUGUCUAUCAAAAAAAACCUAUCAUUGUGGUAAUCUAAUAGAAUCAGUCUUAACAGAAUAUAAAUAAUUAUGUUCAUGGGUUAUUCGUCAAAUUACUCAGAAAUUAGAUUAAAAUUAAACAAUCUCUAACAUCAAUACAUAAUUAUUCUAAUUUGGAAGAUCUCUCUCUAAAAAAUUGGAUAAUUAUGCAUAAGAAAUAUCAGUACUUAAAAUGAUUCAUUCAGAAAAUUAAACCACAAUUAAAUAAUUGAAUAUCACAAAUGAAGAUCUCAAAGAAAAAUUGCAAUAAGUUUCUAAUAGUGUUAGUGACCCCCUUUCAACAUAUAUUCCUUUAAAAAAAAAACCAAAUUAUUCUAUAGAAUUAAUAACUAAAUAACCAUUAAGAAAUAAAAGCUAUUCAUUAUAAGAUCAAAGUCAUGAUAAAGAAAAUAUUAAUACAAUUUUGACCAAAAAGGUUUCACUUAAACCUAAAUUUAAAAUUUGA